AUGGACGGAGGUGGUUCUACAUUUGAUUUAACAGCGCCUGUCCAGUUUUUAUAACCCAAAAUUAAUGUUAGUAAGCAGCCAGAAUAACCUAUAAAUAAGCCUUAAAAGGAUGUAAGAAAUGUAUAUAAAGCAGUUGCAACAAAAAACAUAAACCUCAAAUUCAAAACUACCUCAAUUAAAUAACAAUUAGAAUGCAGUGAAAAGUUCAAACUUAAAGUAGACUUUAUAAAUACAAUAAUAAUCUCCAAAGGCAAUUCAGAAAGCAAAAAAAAUAGAUUUGUUUCGAGAUGCAUUACAAUAAGCAACAACAAAAUAUUUACGUAUCUUGUAUUUUGACCUUAGCUCUUGGUAAAAAGGAGAAAGAUAAGAUUCAAAAACCUAAACCAAUAUAAGAAUUAUAAUAACAAUAGAUAGAGGAGAUCAAAAAGGAAUAUGAGGAUAUUGUACAAAAUCAUUAUAAAGACUUAUAUGUUCAUGUGGCAAAUGAAUAAUAAAAAAGUUUACAGGAUUUACAUAAUAAAAGAAUUGUUACUGCAUUGCAUGACUUAGAAUCCAGACCAAAAAUUUAAAAUGAACUGGAAAAAAAGGAAGAACAGAUAAAUAAAUAAAGAUUAUAUAAAGAUAGAUUAUUGUAUGAAAUUAAGUAGAUGAUUAUAAAGAGUAGAAGACUUGAUGAAUUAUUAAAUGAUUUAGUAUUGUAAAAUGAGGAUACUGUUAAGGAGACAAUAGAGUAAUUAUUGGAGAAAGAAUAAAUCUAAGAAGAAAAAAUGGCUAAAUAAUCAUAUGAAAUAGCUAAAUUGAGAGACAUGUACUUAAAAAGAAGUAUUUUAUAUUUGAUAAUGAAGGGAAAUUAUUAUUGGAAGUGUAAAAAUAAUGUUAAAUUACCUAUGAUGGUUUAAAAAUCAAAUAUUAAUAAUAUGAAGCCUCUUCUUAAAGUAUGAUGAGUAGAAAGAAGCAAUUAGAAUCUUUAUCAAAAAUAGUUGCAAAGUAUAGAAAUGAGUUUUAGAGUUAACAGAAUUUUUUUGGAGCUAGUCUAAGAGGGAGAUUUGAUCCUAUGUUAGAGGAGAUUUUGGAGGAUGAACUUUCUAAAUGUGGAGAUGAAUAAGCAUUAGAAAUUGUAUAGUAAGGUGAAAAGAAAAUAAUAGCAAUUAAGGAAGAUAAUGAAAAGAGGAAGAGGGGUGAAUAAAAAGAUAAAGCUAAAUUGGCAUUAGAAAAUGCGACUUAAAAUAUUAAUAAACAAAAAUAGGAUAUAAAAUAUGAGAGAAAAAAGUACUUUUUUUUGUUAUUUUCUAAUUAGAAAUAAAUGUUCCAAAAAUUAAGAGUUGUUACAAGUAUUUCCAAUUAAGAAAUAAUGAAGAAAUUUAAAUUAAAUAUGGAUUUAGAUUAAUAAGAAUUAAAAAAUAUUCAAGAAUAAGUAGGAAAAGAAAUUGAAAAAUAUGAAAGAUAAAAUGAUGAAUUAAUAGCAGAUAUUAAAAAAUUGAAAUAUGAAUAAGAGAAUUCAAUUUUAGAUACACAGAUAAAUUUGGAUGUAUUAGAAAGAGAUGUUACUAAAUAAUAAGAUUUGUUAUCAGAAAAAGAGAAAUAAGUCAAAAAAGUUGAAAAAUCAAUAAACGAAGUUACAAUGUCUUUAUCCAGAAUCAUGUAUCAAUUAACUGGUAAAGGAACCAAACCUAAAAAUAUUGAAAUUAAAAGAACUUCUUUAGUAGCAACAGCUUCAACUAUUUAAUUACGUUUGGAAAGAAUGCUUACAGUGUUGUCAAAAACAUAAGAAUUUUUAAAUGAAGAAUCUAUUAACACAAAUCCUAGAUAUAAUAAGGUUGAAGAUUUUAUAUGUUUGAAUCCAAAGGUUUAAAAAUUUAAUAAUUUAGAGUUAUAUAUCUCAGGAAAUAACUGAGUAAGUAGAAGGCAACAUAAAGUUUGUAUAUAAGGAAGAGGAUAGCUCUGAUGAAGAUUGUAAAGAUAUGGAUGAAGUAAGAUAAUAAGUAAAGUCAAGAACUUAAGAAGAUAAACCUUAAAUAAUUGUAUUAAAAAAAAGAGAUAUAAAACUUAAGUGA